AUGUCAUGUCGACGGGAUGCCUCUUCUUGCUCUUUUGGAGGUGUGAUGCUCGCCCUGCAGGAGGACAAGAAUACAACCACAAGGGAGCUUCGGCUUUCUUGUUCAGUCGAAGGAGUAUCCACUGCAAAGUCGUACAGCCUGCAAACAGUAUCGACUGACGGGCUGAGCAGUUCCAAAGUGGCGAGAGUGCGAGAAGGUGGCGUUCACGGAAAAGGUUACUAUAAGGACGACGAGAGGAAAAACUUGGUUUCUACCAUGCAAGCCAGGCCAAGAAAGUCCGAUCGAUGGAUACCAAACUCGGGUAAAGUCCUUUAG